CUGCCGACUUGGGUCGGCUAAGAGUCGGCUAGUGUUCGGGAGCCAAAGUCGGCUAUGUGUAACCUAGGCAUUAACCAAACGGUCUGAUAGACGUGCCUUCCUGUGUUAGCGCCUGUCAUCCACUUUUGGCGUGGACGAAUGUUACUCGUAGGAUUGUACGUAAUCGGCGUCCACAAAUACUCUACCCGGAAGUAAUCACAUAAAGAUUAUCGCUGACUCCGCCGUCAACAACCCAACAUGAUACCUCAAAACGGUGACGUGUUACUUUUUGGACUUGUUUGUGGAUUCCUUUUGUCUACAGGACUUGUUCAAGCCUCCGUGGUGUACAUCCAGACAGGAAGCACGUCUGCUCUGUCCUGUGGAGUCACCCUGACUGGAAGUUUGACUCUAAGGACAGCAACAUGGAGGAAACAGGGAUCACCUGUUGUCGUUGUUGCUGAAUACCUCAUAGGAACAUCAACGGCAGGUCCAGCCUACACAGGACGGGCUUCAGUCAACGAUACCGGGUUCCUCCUGCUUGAGCGAGUAACACAGGCUGACGAUGGGAUGUACAGCUGUCAGGCUACUUUGAGUGACUUCAGUAUUACAGAAAUGGUGGAGCCUGAGCUGCAAGUAGUUGAUUCCCCCGGCACCCCGACCCUGUCCAUGAGCCCUAACCCCACCUGUGAAAACGAGAACCAGGAUGUCCAGCUGACCUGUAGUGUGGCGUCAGGAACCACACCCUUCACCUACACCUUCCACGUGGUUCACCCAGCUGGCAACAGGCAGUACGCAGCUGACUCUGUCUGAUGUAGACAGGACCCAGCGGGGACUUACACCUGUACUGUCUCCAAUGUGCUGGGUGCGGACUAUGCACAGACAAGCAGUGGGGAGACUCUGGGCGUGAACUACCUAGGUACCCCCCAGCUGACCCCCAGCAGCCCAGUGACUAUAGUAGAGGGCGAUGACCUGAGUGUUGUGUGUAGUGUGACCUCUGACCCAGCCUCCCCCACCUUACAGUGGAGUAAAGAUGGAACUAGGGAACCAGCA